AUGAGCGAAGACCAUAUUAAUCGUGGAGUCGGAGAAAACGAGGCUGUCGCUGUGGCAUACUUUGACAUAGCAGAACGAAUGCUGCCUAUGGGCAAAGUGCUACAGCAUAUCGUUUCACCUCCGAGCAAUCGUGCCUUUGAAGCUGUUGAUGCACUUCUUCGCGAUAUCAUGCAGAACGACCAACCAUUUGUGGGAAAGCUUUCGAUCGUUGAUGGCGACUUCCGACAAGUACUGCCCAUAGUAGAACACGGCCAACGAGAUGAUGUUGUUGAAUCGUGCGUUAACCGCUCCGUUCUGUGGCCACUGUUCAGA